UUGAAAUGAAAAAUAUAGAAGUCAAGAUGGCAGAACAGAAACGAAAGUUUGAACAAAUGCUGGAUGGAAAGGAUACCCAAAUUGAAGAAAGCCAGGAGAUGUUAAAUACUAUGGAAGGACAGGUGAUUGCCUUUCAACAGAUAGUUACACAGAAAGAUAACUACAUAAGCGAACUAAAGAAGGAGAACAGUGAACUCCUUUCAAAACUAAAGCGAUCUGAACAAAAUUUACGCGACACAAAUAAGGAGCUAAGUGACGUUCGAGACAUAAAAAACGACGCUGAAGCCAAAACAAAGCAAAGAAAUAACCAGAUUCACCAACUUCAUAUGAAACAAAAGGAACUGGUUUCAACACUUGAGCAAACCGAAAGCGAGAGAAAAAACGUUUUUGAUGAUCUCCUUAUAGCAAAAAAACAGCUUCACGACACUGAGGUAAAGCUGUUUGAAGUUCGAGAGCAGAAAAGGGAUACAGAAGGCAAAAUGCACGAUGCACUGCUUAGAUGGGUGAGGUGGUGUCGGACAUUUAUUUUGACAAAAAUCCAGACAUCGUCCACCUCAGCGACGAAUACAGACCAACGAAGCUGGCGGAGAUGUUCAGUGAGCUUUAUGACAACGAGUGGACAGCCGCUUACACGGUCAUGGAAGACGAGCAGUUUCAAGAUCGACACAUGAUAGACUGUCCACUUGACGUU